UAACAGGGCGUAUGAAGCAUUUAUCGGAAAUUACUUAGGUGUUCCUUCUUCCGCCACAGGUCAUAGCUCACAUCUCACGCUUCCACGGUGGUGUCUUCUCUUCUCCAAUCUUCAAAGCAUGGAAUAGCUGUUACUUUUCAUCCUUCAACAAUGACAAUGGUAGCUGGACGCAGAUCCCCGAGAACCCGAACCCGAACCCGAACCAGAACGACAUGGUUCCUCCUCACUCUCUUCACCGUUUUACACCUACUCGCGUCUCUAAGCUCCGCCGCUGACGCUGCAGCAGCUUGUGAAUUCACUUUUCUCGACCGAAACAAGCUUUACAAUUACACACUCUCUUCUCCCAUUCGCAACUUCCCUCACGGCAUACUCAGCGAAGACGGAUUUUACAAAGUAGCAGUAAACGAGACCACCCUUUGGUUUCAGCUUUGUGAUGAAAUGAUUUUCAAUCAUGACCCUCCAACAUGUGCUGACUGCUGGGAUUGUGGAGGGCCAACACGUUGUGGGAUGGAGUGCAAUGCGCUUGUGGCAAACAACAUUGGAGGUUAUCACGUAUGCACAAACUUAGGACGUGGCCCAAAAAUAGAUGUUGAUGUCAUUGAUAAGGAAAAUCCCCAUACUGGUGUCAUUGUUAAAAUGUCAAGCAGUGGCCUUAAGUACAACUGUUCGCUGGCAGUGUCUGUGCUUUGCAAUUUAAAUGGAGUACAAGGACCGCAAACUUUAAAGAGAGUAGGAGAUUGCAAUUAUCAGGCUACAGAGCUAAAGCAUCCAUCUGGUUGUGCCAUGAUCGUAAAUGUUCAUGGGGGAGGGUGGGGGUGGUUUGGCACCUUACUAACUAUUGUUUUAUGCCUUUUUGCUGCAUAUCUACUGGCUGGUAUAGCUUAUCGAUUUUUCUUCCUUGGGAUUCGUGGUAUAGAUGUUAUCCCUAACUUGGACUUUUGGGUCAGCUUGCCAAAGCGAACACAGGUAUUCUUCCAUAUGAAUGCUUCAAUAUCGGUUUUCCCAAUCUGAAUCUGUUUGCAUCUUUGGUGAGAAAGUUUAAGGGACCGUCUCAAGGUCACCGGAGCUCCUAUUCUCCUGUGAACUUCUGAGAUUAUAUUUUUGAUUCUGGAUUUAUCUGGUGAAUUCAUUACGGAUUAUCUCAGAUAUGAGAUGAACAUGCUGCAGAAAAGUGCAGAUAAGUCACUUUUCAGAUGCCCUACUGGUCAGCUCAGAUGCUUCCUUGAAAUGGGACAUUCUGCAGAAAUCUGUAAUUCUUGCUCUGACUAUCCCUCCCUGAAUUUAGUAUUUCACAUUCUUUAAUCCUUAUCUAUGAAAGAAAAGGAGGAGGAGGAAAAGAAAGGAGAUAAAAAGAAAGUUUAGUGUGAUUCUUAACGGGACAAAAAGACAAUACAAUGGAACUAAUCCAAUAAUUUUGGUUGACAUUCUUUAGUUGAUAAUCAGGUAAUUGAAUGAACUUCUUUUAUUGUAACUUGUAUUUUGUUACU